AUGAGCAACGUUGACAUCAAAGCAGAAUCCCCCGAUACGCGAUCCCACAGCGUUCCCAACUCGCGGGAACCCUCAACUUCUUCCCGUGCCUCGUCUGCAGACCCCAAGGGAGCGGCCAAAUCCUCGCCAAUCCACUCCACCGGGAGCCGUUUUGACGUUCUCAUCAAAGGAAAUGAGGGUUCUUCACAUUUGAGGUCCUCCACAUUCGGAAAGAAACACCCAAGAGAAGCACCUUCCAAACCGGUUGUGGGCACCGACGCGGCCCCCACCGUCGGCUUCCCUCCCUUGAAUAUCCGCAUGAAGCCGCCGUUCAAAUGCCUCCAAUCCCAACCCUUUUCGCAUAUUCUCGUGUGUGAUUUUGAGGCGACCUGCGAUAGCGCCUGUGCGUCCUACCCGCAUGAGAUUAUUGAGUUUCCCGUCGUCGUCCUUGACACCGCGACGUUGCAGCAGGUUGCCGAGUUUCACGCCUACGUUCGUCCGGUAAAGAACGUGAAACUGACGAGCUUUUGCACGGAGCUCACCGGCAUCACGCAGGCGCAGGUGGAUGCCGCGGAGACGUUGCCGGUGGUGGUGGAGCGGUUUAAUACCUGGCUUCGGGAGGUGGUGUAUCCGUUAUGCGUGGCGUGGCGUGCGCGUUACGGCGACCACGCGCUUUCGCGCAAUAUUGCCUCCGAGCAAAAACACUUCUCGUUUGACGAACGCACCCCCGAGGCAAGGGCGUCGGUGAUGGAAGAAAAGAUGGUGUGCUUCGCGACCGAUGGGCCGUGGGAUAUGCGGCGGUUUAUGCACGAGUGUAGCGUGGUUCGCGACGGGAUUGAGUUCCCGCCGGUGUGCUAUCGCUACAUCAACGUCCGGUUGUGCUUUCAAAAAUAUUUUAAGACCUGGCCUAAGAAACUAACCCAUAUGUUAAGGCGCCUGGGUAUGUUCUUUGAGGGGCAGCCGCAUAGUGGCAUUGAUGAUACACGGAACAUCGCACGCGUGCUCGCGGAGCUCCUCGCACGUGGGUACCGCAUAAGUCACGUGAGCUUGAUCAAGUACGCCCGAAAUGAGCCCAAGUACACCGCCCUUGCCCAGGAAUUGCUCCGGGAGGAGGAAUUUGAAAUGAAGAAAAAACAGUCCACGAAGGCAUCAAAUAGGUCCAACAACAGCCAUGAUACUAGUAAUAGUCGCUCUUCGAAAGGGAAGAAUGCCCAUCGUCGGCGCAAUAUGUCAUAA